AUGUCAGACUUCACAGACCAACUCCAGCCGGCUGAGCCCAGCGGGCCCAGCAUCCUCCAGAAGGAGCGAGCGGGUUCAGACAUCGAUACAGACCAGCUCGCCAAGCAUCUUCUGUCUCGCAAUGACUUCCUCAACCGCCAGAAGAGGAUACUAGCAAUCAUAAAGGACAUUCCGUACUUCAAUAAGAAGAACCAGUUGAACAUGGCUCGUCCUGACCGCUACCAUCUUGGACUUGCUCGGGCCAAAACUUUGAAACGACUCUCAAUCAAGCACAACUGGGACGACGAGGACUAUAAGAUGGCUGAUUACUUGAUGGAUGAGAUGGGUCCAUAUGCACUACAAUUCACCAUGUUCGCCACAUCGAUACGAGAGCAAUGCAACGAGGAGCAGAAGAAGUACUGGCUACCGAAGUUGGACAGUUGGGAGAUCAUUGGCUGCUAUGGUCAGACCGAACUAGGCCACGGAAGCAAUGUCAAAGGCAUCGAAUGUCAUGCCAAAUGGGACCCGCAAACCAAGGAAUUCAUUAUCCACAGCCCUACUUUGACGGCGAGUAAAUGGUGGAACGGUGCCCUCGGGCGAACAGCGAACCAUGCCAUUGUUGUUGCUCAGCUUCUGCUUCCCGAUGCUAAGACCAAGCAAUACAAAUCCUACGGCCCACACCAGUUCAUACUUCAGAUCAGGGACAUGAAGACCCACAAGCCCCUUGAAGGUAUCGUCAUCGGCGACAUUGGACCCAAGUACGGAUAUACUGCCAUGGACAACGGUUACAUGCUUUUCAAGAAUUUCCGGGUACCACACUCAGCGCUGCUCUCCAAGUAUUCCGGCAUCGACUCUGAGCACGGAACGUACAUCAAACCGGACAAUCCAGCUGUCGUCUACGGCUCCUUGACUUUCGUCCGAGCCCAGAUCAUCAUGCACGCUAGACUAGUUCUUGCUAGAGCAGUCACCAUCGCCACAAGAUAUCUCUCCAUCCGUCGACAGUUUGCAGAUCGAGACUCCAAAGACCCCAAUGCUCCCGAAGAGGCGGUCUUGAAUUACCCGACAGUCCAGAUACGCAUCUUGCCUCUUCUCGCCACCACAUUUGCCCUACACUACACCGGAGAAGCCAUGUACAAACUAUACUACGGGACCCGAGCUCAGAUCGAACAGUCAGGAGACUUCUCUCGUUUGGCCGAGAUGCACGCCGCUUCAUCCGGUCUCAAGUCGCUCUCCACCAUGCUGGCAGCGGAUGGAAUCGAAACCUGUCGCCGCGCCAUGGGCGGCCACGGCUUCGGCGGUGGGAGCGGUAUGAUCCCCCUGAACAACGACUACCUCUCCAAGCCCACCGUCGAAGGCGACAACUGGAUGAUCACCCAACAGACCGCCAGCUACCUCAUCAAGCGCAUGACCCACGUCAUCAGCAAACCCAACGAAACCACCCGCGAGCCCAUCGACGCCCAGCUGCGCACCUACAUGCAAACCCGCCACACCAACCCCUCCCUCCCCAUCCUCUCCUCCGACCAAGCCCUCGUGCAAGCCUUCCAACACCGCCUCUCCCACCUCGCCCACCAAGUCUACAUCCAGCGCGUCGAGCACAAGAAACCCUGGACCGACCUCAUGAUCUCCCUCCACAACCUCUCGCGCGCCCACUCGCAGCAACUCCUCGUCAGCAACUUCUACACCGCCGUCUUCGCCUCCACGCCCGACCCGCCACUCAACCCCACCACGCAAGCCACGCUGCAGACCCUCUUCCGCCUCUUCGCGCUGUACACGCUCGACGCCUCGGCGUCCGAGUUCCUGCUCGCGGGCGCCCUCGACGCCGCGACGCUCCGCGACGUGCAGCCGCGCGUGCAGGCGCUGAUGCGCGAGGUGCGGCCGCACGCCGUGGCGCUCGUGGAUAGCUGGUCCGUGCCGGACUAUCUGCUGGAGAGCAGCCUGGGGAGGUAUGACGGGGAUGUGUAUAAUGACUUGUUCAGGAAGGCGCAUGUGGAAAAUCCGUUGAACCUGCUCACCUUUAAUCCGGAUUGGAGGACCGAGGAGAUUGUUAUGGGAGAGGGGGCGGAGGGGGCGAGGAAGAGGUUGGAGGCGUUGGCGAGGGGGGUGGAGGGGCAUGAGCAGCGGGGUGGGGGAAAGGCGAAGCUUUAA